GUCUCUCUUGCGUGGCAUACCGACCGCCGGACGACAGCUCCUUGUCUGCUGCUACUACUACUACUCAGAGAUGUCGCAAUCACUCCGACCAUACCUGCAAUGCGUGCGGUCGUCGUUGACGGCCGCCAUGUCGCUGUCCAACUUCGCAUCCCAAGCAUCCGAACGCCAUAAUGUCCCCGAGAUCGAAGCCCAAACCUCGCCCGAAGUCCUCUUGAACNCCUUGACAGUCUCGCGCAACGAGAACGAGCGUGUCUUCAUCGAGCCCAGCGUCAACAGCAUCCGUGUCAGCAUCAGGAUCAAGCAGGCCGACGAGAUCGAACACAUCCUGGUCCACAAGUUCACCCGCUUCUUGACACAGCGUGCCGAAUCUUUCUUCAUUCUGAGAAGGAAACCCGUCAAGGUCCNNGGAUACGACAUCUCCUUCCUCAUCACAAACUUCCACACCGAGGAGAUGCUCAAGCACAAGCUUGUCGACUUUAUCAUUCAGUUCAUGGAAGAGGUUGACAAGGAGAUUUCCGAAAUGAAGCUCUUCCUGCACCUCGCUUUGUGCUGCUCCAAGGUCUCUGUAUCUGGUCUUGGCGCCGCAUUACAUAGAAGAUUCCCAAAGAUACCAAUCCGACCCGAAACGAUUAUGACCACGCCUUUCUCUUGGAUGGACCUGAACACCCUAUCGCUCAGAAAGGACGACCAUUGCUGUCUCAUGUCUCAUCUGAGACUGCCAUUUCUGCGAAAGGCCGGUUUGCUUGGUGUCAGCAUGCUUUCAUUCAACUCAUGUGCACGGCCCUUCUGCUACCAACACCUCCGUAGGCACUUGUAUCUUUCUUAUUUAUGCGUCAUCGAUGAAGAGACGAAGGCUGUUCACUUUGGUGGUUGGAAAGAUAUGGAACUUGCCGAACUGGCAGCGGUAUAUCAGAAUAACCAUGUCGUCGUCACUUGCUCGGCGUCUAAACACCACUCAAUGUCAACAACAUUGGAGGAUCGACCACGCGCUCUUCACCAGCGCAUCCAUACCUCUACUUACAUUGAGAAGCUGGUAAAGGCCACUUGGGUCCGUCAUCAGCGUCAAAAGUCCGCCUUCAUGUUUCCCCUACCUCGCCGCGCCGGCGACCCCGUCGUCGCCGAGACUUCCUGGUCGACCAGGGACCGCCGCAUCGGUGGCACGCAGUGCAUUGCGUGUGACACCAAUCCCAGUCACAUCUUGGUUCCUUGCAAACACACUGUCUGCUACGACCACUUCUUACAGCACCCUGAGGACCUUCCUGUCCGCUGCGGACUGUGUCUCAAGCCUGUCACCACUACACUUGAGAUUGAGGAGACCUCCGAGAUCGCCUAUCCCACCAUCGACGAUCUGGCCGCCUGGACCCAAGGUCUGAGACUGUCCCCCACCAGCACCGCUAACAACAUUUGGGGCAGUCCAUUAUCGGCUCAAUCGUCCUUCCAAUCCCUCGACGCAAGCGUUGCGAACAUGCAUCUUCCUAAUGAUGCUCAGCGUGCCUCCCCUCCUCCUGCCGGAAACGAGGCCCAACUUGGAGUCACCAACCGUGGAGUGAUCAACCACACCCACACCCUGAGUGCCNCACAGCACCUCCUCGCAGGCUCCUCUCAGCCAUCGAAGCACACUCGCUUCCCCUCCUUUAACCCUGGCAGACCCGCAGUUGCCAACUUCCCCGAAUACGUUGCUGCUGGUUACGGCCAGAACACCCACGAGCAGAAGCAGCCUUCGGGCGAUCAGACUCGGCAGCGCCCAUCUGGCAAUGGACAUGCUGAGUCGCUCAUCCACGCUCCACAGCCCAGUGUCUUCAAGCCAUCGCACGCAUUCCGUGAGCUUGCCACCCCAACCUCUGAGACCAGCGACCCUGAGACUGCUCCGGCCCAGCAGCAGUUUGCUGGCGUGCAGCAGCAUUUCGAUCAGAUGCAGCAGAGUUUCGGCUCUGUCCAGCCUUUUGUCAACAUGCAGCAGGCUCCGGGUCCUAUUCAGCGCCCCAACCCUGCCAACGUGGACCCUCGUUCUAGAGGUCUAAUGUCGCCUGUAAGCAUGGAUCGUCCUUCGCUUGUGCCCACCAUGCCUGCUGCUAUGAUGCGCAACUUGAACCUCAACGCCGGUCCUCGAGGACAUGAAGCUGCUCCUUCUAUCCGCGGCCCCAUGCCUCGUAGCUUCAACAACAUGCCCACCAGCUUCACUGGCAGUGGCCACCUCACCAACAGUGUUCAGGUGAAUGGUUUCAACAUGAACGCCCCUCACCCAUAUGACCCUCACAUGAACGGCUUCCACAUGAACGGCUCCAACAUGAAUGCUCCUUUCAUGAACCGUUCUCACAUGAUGGCCCCUCAGAUGGGUCCUCAGAUGGAUCCUCAGAUGGCCCCUCAGAUGACCCCUUCUUACAUGCAGAACCCUCAAAUGCACAACCCUCAGAUGGGCCGUCCUUCUAUGUCUGCUGGUCAACAGAUGAACCGUCAUCAGAUGUACACCAGCAUGCCAGCCAACAUCAACCAUAGUGUGCCUGCUCAUGCUGACCCGUUCGUUGACCAUCAACCUCCUAUAUACGGCAAUGGUCCUUUCAUGGCUGGCCCCAACAACCACCAGCCCUUUGCCACAGCCCCUCAGUCAGUCCUUCCCGCUCCUAUGGGUAACCCUAUCAGCAACGCCGGUCCUGCCUACACUUGGGGUCAGGCUCCUCAGCAGACAAAUAACACGNGUCAACGUCGCCCAUCAGCCUCGCGCCAACCCCAUCCAGCAGCCUCAGCAGUCUCAGGCCAACGUUGUCCAGCAACCUCAGACAAACGCUGCUCGCAUGGCCGAGGCCNNAUCAGAUCUGGCACCCUUCAUCAGUUGGACAGCAGAUCGCCACCUCAUGGUCGCGGAUAUGCCUCUCCUGGUACUGAGAGAGCUGGUAACGAGCUUGUCGUGCAGCAGCCUGUCGUUCGCAGCCAGGCCGUCAUGGCUCCUGAGGUGCGCCCUGAUCCUGACUGGGUCGAUCCCGAGGAUCGUGCUCUUCCUAACCUCGAUGAGGUGUAUGAACAUAUGCCUUUUGUUGACACUGCCGCCGAGUCACGCCCUAGCACCAACGGUGUCAUCAAGAUUGGCAACAUCCCCUAUGGCACCAGCAAGAACGAAGUCAUCGCUGCCUUGGGCCGCAGCACCCGCAUUGCCUCUCAGCCUAAGGGUACUCCUUACGUGGCCAUUCACAUCAUCAUGGAACGUUCGACUGGCAAGACCAUGGAUGUCUAUGUGGAACUGGACACUGCUGAAGAGGCCAAGGCCGCCACUGCCAACUUCCAGCAGCGCUGCAUGAAUAACCGUCACCCUCGCAUCGGUGACCGCCACGUCGAGAUUGAGCUGAGCAGCCAGGAGGCUCUCAUGAAGGAGUUGUUCCCUCGUGCCAAGUGCGUCAACUGGAACGGCCAUGUUCCCGUCGUCUACGCCAGCACCGAGGCUUACAACUCGGGCUUCCAGGGCUUCGUUACCAGUGAGGAGAUGGUCAUGAUCACCAAGCAUGCCGAGACUCCUCAGCGCUCGCCCUUUGCUCAGCGCUGUGUCAACCGCACCUAUGAGACCAUGAUUUCCAUCAUGCACAAGUACCCGUGGCACGCCACCAAGCACAUCACUAUUCGCGAGCGUACUUCCAUCUUCUCUUGUGCUAUGGUCCAGCUGCGCGUUCUCAUGAACGCCGUCAGUCGCAACACUCACCCUCAAUUCCUGCACCGCGGUUUGCUCCAGGAAUACCUCACCGCUUGUCUGAGUAACCCCGGCUUCAGCGUCCAGCAGAAGACUUACAUGGUCACCUGCGCCCACAAUGAAGGCUACGGCACUCUCCUCAGCAUGAUCCCCUUCACCCCCGUCGACCAGAUGACCGGCAGCUGGUGGGUCUUUGAGGCUCUGUCCAAGAACCCCAAGUCUUCGGACUCGCUGCUAGCCUACAUCAUCGCUCUUCUGUGCUCGGCCACCGACCCCGAGGGCGCUUUUGUCCGCACCGCCAGCACUGACCCUGACUCCUGCCUUGACUACCUCGACGACGACAUGGGCAACGAGUCUACUUUCGGUCACUUUGGCGUCAAGUACAAGACCAAGAGACAGAGGGACAUGCACUCGCUCAAGGAGGCUGCCGAGGCUGAGUGGCGUGCUUUGUAUGAGGCUCUCAGUCGUGUUCUGCCUGCCAACCGUGCCCUCACUUUCGGCGACUUCCACCAGCGUGGUCGUCAACAGAGUGCUGUGGCCGGCGCUGAGCAGGACAACACUGCCUAUGAAGGUGGUCAGGUUCUUGCUCUUCCUGGCCUUGAGCAGCGCGAGGAUGCUUUGGUCGGU